AGACGGCGGCCCGGCCGGGGCUAGGCGGGCGCCGCCGCGAUGCUGCGAGGCGGACGGCGCGGGCAGGUCGGCGGGCACGGCCCAGCCACGGGGCCGGGCAGCCUGCUGGCCUGGCUGAUGCUGGCAUCUGCGGGUGCCGCACCCUGCCCCGAGGCUUGCUGCCCCAGCGGCCCUUCCGGCCUGCGCUGCACCCGGGCUGGGGCCAUGGAUCGCCUCUCCCACCUGCCGGGCGCCGAGAACCUGACCGAGCUCCACAUCGAGAACGAGCAUCUGCCGCGUCUGGAUCGGAGUGACCUGAAGGGCCUGGGGGAGCUGAGAAACCUCACCAUCGUGAGGAGCGGCCUCCGAUUUGUGGCGCCAGAUGCCUUCCAUUUUACUCCUCGGCUCCAUCGCCUGAAUCUCUCCUUCAAUGCCCUGGAGUCUCUCUCCUGGAAAACCGUCCAGGGCCUCUCUUUGCAGGAACUGGGCCUGUCGGGGAACCCUCUGCACUGUUCCUGUGCCCUGCGCUGGCUGCAGCGCUGGGAGGAAGAGGGUCUGGGUGGACUCCGAGAACAGAAGCUGCAGUGUCCUGGGCAGGGGCCCCUGGCCCUCAUGGCCAACACCAGCUGCGGCGUGCCCACAUUGAAGGUCCGGAUGCCCAAUGCCUCUGUAGACGUGGGGGACGACGUGUGGCUGCAGUGCCAGGUGGCGGGGCGGGGCCUGCAGCAGGCCGGCUGGAUCCUGGCAGACCUGGAGGAGUCCGCCACUGUGACUCAAUCUGGGGAUCUGCCGUCCUUGGGGCUGACCCUGGCCAACGUCACCAGUGACCUCAAUAGGAAGAAUGUGACAUGCUGGGCAGAGAACGACGUGGGCCGGGCUGAAGUCUCUGUCCAGGUCAACGUGUCCUUCCCGGCCAGCGUGCAGCUGCACCCCGCAGUAGAGCUGCAUCACUGGUGCAUCCCCUUCUCGGUGGACGGGCAGCCCGCGCCCUCGCUGCGCUGGCUCUUCAACGGCUCUGUGCUCAACGAGACCGGCUUCAUCUUCACCGAGUUCCUGGAGCCCUUGGCCAACGAGACUGUGCGGCACGGCUGUCUGCGCCUCAAUCAGCCCACCCACGUCAACAACGGCAACUACACACUGCUGGCCACCAACCCUUCCGGCCAGGCCUCGGCGUCCAUCACGGUUGCUUUCAUGGACAACCCUUUUGAGUUCAACCCAGAGGACCCCAUCCCCGUCUCCUUCUCACCAGUGGACACUAAUAGCACGACUGGAGACCCAGUGGAGAAGAAGGAUGAAACACCUUUUGGGGUCUCCGUGGCCGUGGGCCUGGCUGUCUUCGCCUGCCUCUUCCUUUCUACGCUGUUCCUUGUGCUCAACAAAUGUGGACGGAGGAACAAGUUUGGGAUCAACCGCCCUGCUGUGCUAGCUCCGGAGGAUGGACUGGCCAUGUCCCUGCAUUUCAUGACACUGGGUGGCAGCUCCUUAUCCCCCACGGAGGGCAAAGGCUCUGGACUCCAAGGCCACAUCAUUGAGAACCCACAAUACUUCAGCGAUGCCUGUGUCCAUCACAUCAAGCGCCGAGACAUUGUGCUCAAAUGGGAGCUGGGCGAGGGCGCCUUUGGGAAGGUCUUCCUUGCCGAGUGCCACAACCUGCUGCCUGAGCAGGACAAGAUGCUGGUGGCCGUCAAGGCGCUGAAGGAGGUGUCCGAGAGUGCGAGGCAGGACUUCCAGCGAGAGGCCCAGCUGCUCACCGUGCUGCAGCACCAGCACAUCGUGCGCUUCUUUGGGGUCUGCACCGAGGGCCGCCCUCUGCUCAUGGUCUUCGAGUACAUGAGGCAUGGCGAUCUCAACCGCUUCCUCAGGUCCCACGGACCUGACGCCAAGCUGCUGGCUGCUGGGGAGGAUGUGGCCGCAGGGCCCCUGGGCCUGGGUCAGCUGCUGGCUGUGGCCAGCCAGGUCGCUGCCGGGAUGGUGUACCUGGCCAGUCUGCACUUCGUGCAUCGGGACCUGGCCACCCGCAACUGUCUGGUGGGGCAGGGACUGGUGGUGAAGAUCGGGGAUUUCGGCAUGAGCAGGGACAUCUACAGCACCGACUAUUACCGCGUGGGGGGCCGCACGAUGCUGCCCAUCCGCUGGAUGCCGCCCGAGAGCAUCCUCUACCGCAAGUUCACCGCCGAGAGCGACGUGUGGAGCUUCGGCGUGGUGCUCUGGGAGAUCUUCACCUACGGCAAGCAGCCCUGGUACCAGCUCUCCAACACCGAGGCGAUCGAGUGCAUCACGCAGGGACGGGAACUGGAGCGGCCCCGCGCCUGCCCUCCGGAGGUCUAUGCCAUUAUGCGGGGCUGCUGGCAGCGGGAACCCCAGCAGCGCCACAGCAUCAAGGAUGUGCACGCCAGGCUGCAAGCCCUGGCCCAGGCGCCCCCCGUCUACCUGGACAUCCUAGGCUAAGGGCCGAGCGGGGGCUGGGGCCGGGUGGCCAGGAUACUGGGGCCCGCCGCCCCAGGAGCCCUAUAGCUCCCAGCAGCUCUGGGGUAAUCUCAAAGCAUCUAACUCCCUCAGCAUGCAGGAGGGGACAGGUGGAGCUGGGAAUGGAGGACAUGCCUGCUUCUCCAGGCAGAGUUCUGUCAUAGUAAUUAUAUUUAUUAUCCCUUG